AUGGAUGCUGAUGAGAGGAACAAAAAGACUGAAGAAGAGUUUAUAAUUGUCUCUGAUGAUGAAGAAGAGGUUGAAAUACCAAUCAACAAUCAAGAAAACAAACAAACAGAGACCAGAGAAGAAUCAUGCAGUCCACCUGAUGAAGAUUCACACGAAAAUGUGAAUGAUGAAAAGGUUGCUCAAGAAGAGGGAGCCACGGAUGAGGUUCCACAUGCUAAUGAAGAAAACGAUCCACAAUGCUCGAAUGUCAAUGAUAAGGUUUCUCAAAAAAAGGAGAAACAACAUGAAGAGAUGAGAAACAUGGAUGGGGCUCCACAGGGAACUCAAGAAAGUGAUUCACAACGAUCAAAUGUGAAUGAUAAGGUUGCUCAAACAAAGGAGGCACAACAUAACAAGAUGGGACACUCAGAGGAGCCGUCACAAGAGAGUGAUUCACAACAAUCGAAAGUGAAUGAUAAGGAAGAAGAAGCUCGGCUAAAGAAGGAACAUUCAGAUCGAAAACUAAGUGAGAUACAACAGAAGGAAAUUGAUGAUAGGGUCAUACUCUGGGCUAAAAACAAGAACUUCAUUUUUAUGAUGUCAUCACUUCACCAGAUUAUUUGGUCCAAUAGUUCAUGGGAGACUGUUCAUCACUUCAUUGUGGUAAACAAUGACCAUGAGAUAGGUUUAGCAAAACGUAAAGCACUGCUUGCUUUACAUCCAGACAAACAACAUGGAGCUAGCGCCGAACAGAAGUAUCUGGCAACAAGACUUUUCAGCGUAAUAAAGCAACAAUGGGAUAUCUACAUCUAG